GAGAAGGAAGCCAGUGAGCAUUGUCGGAUGAUGUGGACAUUCAACGGGUGAAAGCUCUCUUUAGUGUCAAAGCUGUUACCAGGCAGCAUCAAAAGAAAGAGGGACAUCGGAAGCUAUGGAACGGUGAAAGAUAAUAUCUAGUGCUUGUUGCAAACAAUUAUUUGUACUCUUAUAAUCGAAAACCCGACAAUGAUGUCAGAAUGCGACCCAAACGAGACCGAGGGCGAGCCGGUGGUGAUAACGUUAGAUAUCACACCUUCGGUGGCGGUUUCCGAGCAGAACUUCAGCUCGCUUCAGCCCCCUUCGGUGUUGUUCGACAAGAAUCGGGCUGGGCUUGGAACAAACCCGGGAAUCGCUGUCCGGAUAUCGGGCUCUAUGGAAAGUGUCUUGACCGAGUUAGAGACAGACGGUUCCGGGGAAGAGACGUUGUUGUUGCCUUGUCUGACAGGAAGCACAUCGUCUCCUCGAGGCGCGAGAGAGAAGAGGUCGAGGCGGAACCGACACAGCUCUUCCUCGGAUAAGGACAACUUGGCCUCGCCAGGUAACAACGGCGGAGACUUCAACCAUUUCCCAGAGGACCCGGAGUUUGCUGACAUCAUCCAGCGGGCGGAGCAAGCCAUCGAGACCGGGGUCUUCCCUGAGAGGAUCUCCCAGGGUUCCAGCGGGAGCUACUUUGUCAAAGACCCCAAAGGGAAAAUCAUCGGUGUUUUCAAACCAAAGUCUGAAGAGCCUUACGGACACCUGAACCCCAAAUGGACCAAAUACUUCCACAAGCUUUGCUGCCCGUGUUGUUUUGGCCGGGGCUGUCUGAUUCCCAACCAGGGCUACCUCUCAGAGGCAGCUGCCUCCCUGGUGGACACCAAGCUGGGCCUGGGAGUCGUGCCCAAAACCAAGGUGGUGUUCCUAGCCAGCGAGACGUUCCACUACAACGCCAUCGACAGAGCCAAGUCCCGGGGGAAGAAGUACGCCCUGGAGAAGGUUCCCAAAGUGGGCCGGCGCUUCCACAGGGUCGGCCUUCCCCCCAAGGUGGGCUCGUUCCAGUUGUUUGUGGAGGGCUAUCACGAAGCAGACUAUUGGCUGAGGCGGUUUGAGGCGGAGCCUCUGGCGGAGAACAUGAGGAAGCAGCUGCAGUCUCAGUUUGAAAGGCUGGUGGUGCUGGACUACGUCAUCAGAAACACAGACCGAGGAAACGACAACUGGUUGAUCAAGUAUGAGAAGGCGGGGGCCGGAGAGGGGGAGAAGGACACAGAGUGGACAGGGUCUCCAGACUCGGCCAUCAGAAUAGCAGCCAUCGACAACGGCCUGGCAUUCCCCUUCAAGCACCCAGAUGAGUGGAGAGCCUACCCCUUCCACUGGGCGUGGCUGCCCCAGGCCAAGGUGGUGUUCUCCCAGGAGACCAGAGAGCUGGUGCUGUCCCGCAUCUCCGACAUGAACUUUGUCCAGGACCUCUGUGAGGACCUCUACGAGAUGUUCAAGACUGAUAAAGGCUUCGACAAAACCAUGUUUGAGAGGCAGAUGUCUGUCAUGCGAGGACAGAUCCUGAACCUGAGCCAGGCCCUGAAGGAUGGUAAGAGCCCCAUCCAGCUGGUCCAGAUGCCCCGGGUGGUGGUGGAGAGAAGCCGCUCUGGGGGCCACGGCCGCGUGGUCACCCUGGGCAACGCCUUCACCCAGACCUUUCACUGCAAACGGCCCUUCUUCACCUCCUGGUAGGGAGGGAGGGAGGGUGGAGGAAGGGAUGGAAAUGAGGAUCUUUUAAUCCGGGCCCUCCAAGGCCCUUCCCAUCUGGA